AAUGAUUGGUCUUCGAAAAUAAAUCCAAUUAUUUUCAACCUAAUCACAUUGAAUACCUCUGAUUUUAUUUCAUUCCAAAUUACACCAGUCCAUAAAUUCACUUUUUCCCACCCGAAACAAAUAAAUCAGCUAAAAUUUCAGAUAUUACAUUCACACCCAUACAAGAUAUCACUGAUUUAUAGAAAUAAUCCAAGAUAUACCAAAAUAGGGGGGAAAUAAAGAAAGUUGAAAAUUUCAUCAGAUUCCGCUAAUCACGAUAUUCCCAUUAACAAGAUAUGGCUAUCAGAACAUUCUCAGCACAAGAGAGUUAUAGGGAAGGAGGGAUAGAACCAAGAAAGAAACUGAAAAAGGUGAGGUCAGUUAAGGUUGCAAACCUGGAUAGGUUGAGGUUAUCAAUGAGAAGGGAGAAAUAUCGGUUUAAUCGUGGUGUUGUAGCUUCGUCAGAUGAUGCUACUGUCACAUCAGGAUCAUCUUCUGCUGCCAUUUCUGGUACAUCGUCUCCAAAUUAUAUGAAGGCUACAACUAGCUCCAGUGCCAGAAUAGGGUCAGUGCAAGCAAUUUCAGGUAAUCUGCAGUCUAGUUCUGCUGGCAGCAGCGAUAAUCGAAGUUCAUCAGCAAAGUCCGCCUCAAAAUUGAGCAAGGUCUCAGUGCAAGAAUUCUCUGAUCCUGCAGGUGUAAAUAAAAUAAAAGCAGAGAAAAGCUUGAAGAGGGUACCUAGUUUAAAGCAAUCCAAGAAGAUGUCUAGUAAAAAAUCAAUGAAAAUCCGGGCCAGAUAUUCACAGUUUUCAGAUGUUGGCAUCAAUUCAGAUGAAAUUCUGGACUUUAGCAUCCUGGGAGAUCAGAAUAACACAGACAUCAUUGGUGGAGGAAUGGAAAUUGACCCAGAAUGCCUAAAUGUCAGUGCUUCUCGUGGUCAGGAUAGCAUUGGCAAGACGGGAACAAAGCAAAAGGGAAUCUUAGAACGGUCGAGAUCGAGAAGGAUGAUAAGACUCAGGAGCAUAAAAUCAUCGAGGACAAGGCAGAGGCCACAAUCCAGACUCAGUGGUGGAGCAACAGAGCUAAUGUCAUAUGAAACAGAAGUAUUCAGUGCAGAACCACAUUACAUGAAGGGCACCAGCUCUCAAGAAAAAAGAAAGAAUUCUGACAAGGGUUUGACAAGAACAUCUAGUUUAAGGCCUCUAAGGAUCUUAGCAAAGAUUCCAAGCCUAAGACCUAAAAGGAGUAAAGUAAGGAAAAGACCUCAGGUAACUCCACUGUCAGGAAAAGGUGUUGAUCGUGCCACCUGUUCGUCCACUCUAAAGAGAACCGAAGUCCCAGAUGAAAUUGAACUUCAUUCAAUGGGUCGAGAAUCAGAGGGAACUUCUUUCCAUCUUUGCCCAUACAGUUAUUGCUCUAUUCAUGGUCACCGCCACCAGACCCCCUCUCAACCUCUUAAAGAAUUCAUUUCUGCAAAAAGGAAACUGUUCAGUAACCAGAAAGGUGAGAAGUCGGACAGCAAGUCCAGGGGAGAAGUAGAACAUUACACAAGUUCCACUGAAUCUGAUCAGUCAAGGCAGAUAGUAUCCGCUGAAAGUUAUGCGCUUCAAGAAGUUAUGAAUGUCACAACAAAAAAUGCUUUGGAAGCAGAAGAGGAUGGAAUAGAUUUUCUCAUUAAAAUCUACGCCAAACCCAGGAAAAAGUGGGCUGCUGAAGGUACCCUGAGCAAAGAUGCUGAAACAUUAAAUGGUUCUACUUAUGACCAAAUCAGUGUUUGGGACUAUGACAGGAAACAAGCAGAAACACCCAGUGAGACAUCAGAGCCUGAGGAAAUACCAAGAGCAAUGAAUGAUGUUCAGCAAGAAAAAUUUGAGAUCUUCAAAGCAUGCAAUGUUGACUCAAAUGACAUAAUGCUGCAGCAGCCUUUGGAGUUACCUGACAAUGGUUCAAAAUCAGUGUCUGUCCUUAAGGAACUCGAACCAAGUAUAGCAAAAGAAGAGCUUCAGAAUUCCUCCAAGGAUCCUUACCAUUUGGCAAGUAGGGAUUCUGCAGUCAGUCCAUGUGGUGAUCUGAUCAACAUCCUUUCUGAUAAACAGAAAUAUACAAGCAUGUGGCAGCUGAUCCAUCAACAACUUCUUUCAAGUGAAGCAUCAAUGGACAAUGUCCAGGAAGUCAUUCAAGCAGAUGAAAAAGAAAGUGGAGAUGGAAACACUAGCCAUGAAAUGAGUAGCUUGGAUCUAGAGCAGAGUAGAUACAGCAACAAUCUCAAGGAAGAUGCCUAUGACCAAGUUGCAGUGACACAGAAGCUUGAAUUACACCAGACUGCAGCCAUAAACUUGGUACAAGAAGCACUUAAUGCAAUAUUACAACAUGAUGCGGAGUCAUAUCAUCAGCAGUCAAAUCCAGUCCAAGAAAUGGCUUACAGUUCUGUUACAGAGGAAAUAUCAACUCCUACAUCCUCUAUUGAAGAAGAUUACAGAGAAGAUGGUGAAGUAGAUGGAAGAGAGAUGAGUUUAGGAUCAGCAGAAAAGCAAAACAAAAUGAAGCAAAUGGGUAACAGAUUACUGCAAAAAGAACCAGAUGAAAAGGAGAUGUCCGGACGACAAAUCUCCAAGAGUUUCAGCAGGCUCAAAAAAUUGUUUAUGACUGCAAAAUUCAUCAAGGCAAUGGAAAGACUGAAAAAGAUAAACCCACGCAAACCACAAUACUUAUCUGCAGAACCAGCCUCAGAGAACGAGAGAAUAUAUCUAAGGCAUCUAAGCAUGAAUGAAACAAAGAAUACAGAAGAAUGGAUGCUUGAUAAUGCGCUUAGACAAGUAAUAUCAAGGCUGGAUCCUGAUCAGCAAAGAAGAGUGGCCCGACUUGUUGAAGCAUUUGAAACAGUUACCCCGGAGCAGAAAGAGAACACCAACAGGCCUUAUACCAUGACAAGUGUGCCUGCUCCUGGCAGCAAAGUGGCCAAUCCUAUGAUAGAUGAAGAGAAAAUUAGAUUUGUAGAAUCCAAGCAAGAUACUUCAGUAUCUGAUGAACAGGUUUUGCAAAAGAAAGAUGAUGGAGUGCUGGUAUCUCAGAAAGAUGUUCCUGAGGAAAAAUGUUCAAGGGAAGAGAAUAAAUAUCAGGCAAACAUAACAGUUGAAAAAAUUCUGCAAGAAGCAGGUGUGACCAACGAUUCAGAAUCCACAUUUGUUGAUGGAGGUGUGGGUAUUGAAGAUCCUAUCAAUACACUCAGGGAUUCAUCCCAAUAUCCUACCAGAGAUUCUGAAGUCAGCCUGGCUGGUGAUAUGACCAGUAUUUUCUUCAACAAACAACAGUAUACUGGUAUGUGGAACCUGAUCUACCAACAUGCUGUAUCAAAUGAAGCAUCAGUUGAUGAGAAGCAAAGACUCAAUGAAUAUGAUGAAGAAAACCAAAAUGAUACAAUCGACUGUCGACAAAUAACCGACAUAGACUCAAUCCCAAGUAGCUUCAGCAUGGAUCAAAAGGAAGAUGAAGAUAACAAAAGUGCAGCUUCUGAAAUCCCUGAUGUUGAACAAUCAGCUGCCAUAAAGCUGGUAAAAGAAGCCCUUAAGGCAAUUCUAAAACGCUAUGAGCAGCCACCUCAAUUACAGCCUAAUCCAGACCAUCGCACGGCUUCUGAUGAUGCUAGAGAUCUAUACAUUUCAACCUCUACACCUUGCACAGAAGAAGAUUCCAUAGAAAGGGUAAAGGAUGCAGAAAAGCAUGCUGACAUAGACCCAGAAGAUAGGAUGCAUCACGUAGAAAAUACAAGACUCCCACCACUACAGCAAGUGGAAUCUGAUGAAUUGAAGGCACCUCAGAGAAAAAUUUCCAAUAGCUUAAGCAAGCUGAAAAAAGCAAUAGCAACUACCAGGUUCAUAAAAGCAAUGGAGAGGCUGACAAAGAGCAGUCCGCGUAGAUCACAAAAUCAGUGUUCAGCUACAAGAUUGGAGGAAGAAAGAAUUUAUCUGAGGCAUCGAAGCAUGGAUGGAAGGAAAAAGGGUGAAGAAUGGAUGCUUGAUUAUGCACUUAGACAGGUAAUCUCCAAGAUGGAUCCUGAUCAGCAAAGAAGAGUGGCACUCAUUGUAAAAGCAUUUGAAACAGUGCACCCUGAACAGAGAGAGAAGAGCAUUAGAUGCUAUCCUACAACAGGUGAAGCUGUUGGUGACCAUGUAUUAGCCAGCUCCACAAAUGAAGUGAAAGAACGCUAUCUUGAGUCUCAACAGAAAAGAUUGAAAUCAAUUGAACCGAUUCCUCUCAUGCAAGAUAAUAGCAUCCUACUACCUUCGGCUUCCAGGGAAGCUUUGCUAGAAAGAAUUCCUCAGGAGCACCAUGCUCAACAGACAAGCUUAGCAGAUGACAUAUUUCUGCAAGAGACAAGUGAGGCUGCAAUAUCAAAAUCAACUAUGAAAUUGUCUGAAGAAAGCUCAAGAUUAUGUUCUAUGGUUGUCACACCUGAAGAACCAAAUAUCCAGGAUGAAGAAACUGGGGGAGCUUUUGAACACUCUUCCCCGUUUCCAACUGCUAAUUCUGAGGUCAGACCUGAUGGAGAUAUGGCCAGUAUUCUCUUGGACAAACAAAAAUACACAAGUAUGUGGAACUUGAUACAUCAACAUGUCCUCUCAAAUGAAGCAACAACGACUGGACAGCAGGAAGUCAAUGAGGUUGAUGAAGAGGAACAAGGUAAUGAUGCAAACACAUGGCAAGCAAUUAAUGAUCCAGAUCCAAUCCAGAGUAAUCAAUUGAAAAAAUCCAAGGUAGAUGAAGAUAAUCAUAGUGCAGCCUUUGAUCAGUCGGAAGCCAUUAAUCUGGUAAAGGAAGCGAUCAAUGCAAUCCUACAAUGCCAUGAGCAGAAAUCUAAGCAACAGUACUGUCAAGAACCUGGCAGAGCUGCUGAUAAUGCUAGAGAGCUUUGUGACACAACUGCUCUAGAUCCGACAAAAGAUAAUUCUGAAGAGAACAGAGUAGAAAAACACAGAAAUUCAGAGCCAGAAAAAAAGUUGCAUGAAGUAGAGAGCACAAGUGCCCCACUCCAAAAGCAAGCAGAACCAUUUGAAGCAAUCAAAAACCAGAGGAAAAUGUCAAAAAGCUUAAGCAAGCUGAAAAAAGCUAUUGUUACUGCCAAAUUCAUCAAGGCAAUGGAAAGACUUAGAAAGAUCAACCCACGUAAACCACGACAUCUGCCUCCAGAGGUGGCCUUAGAAGAAGAAAAAGUUUAUCUAAGGCAUUUAAGCAUCAAGGGAAGAAAAAAUGAUGAAGAAUGGAUGCUUGAUUAUGCACUUAAAAAGGUUCUUUGUAGCCUUGCUCCUGAUCAGCAGAGAAAAGUGGCAUCACUUGUAGAAGCAUUUGAAACAGUCCACCCAGAGCAAAAAAGCAUUAGAUAUCGAACGAAAUCUGAGUGGGACAAUGCUACUGGAUCAGGAAGCACGACAGACCAAAAACGAAUUCCUAAGUCAAAGCAUAACAGUUCCAUGCCUAAUAAUGACACCAUUCCUCCAAUGCGAUAUGAUGAAUUAGAUAAGAUUUGUAAAGAUGCUACAAUUGAAAAAAGUGUGCAAGAUCAUAGCACGAAGUUCUCAAACCAGAGGAUGGACUUAUCCCACAAAAUUAGUCAUUCAGAUGACUCCAAUUUGCAAAGUCACCAUCAAGCCAGCUCAAAAGGAUCUCCAAUCAGUGACCCAUUGCGCAAAAAAACAGAGAAAAAAGAGAUGGGUGCAAAUCCCAUAAAUGAAGAAUUUCAACAUGCCAAUGAUCUUGAGCUGGAAUGCAAGGCUAACAAAAACGAAGGCUUUUUAUAUGACAAGCAGAAGAACUCCAGUAUGUGGCAUCUGAUAUAUCAACAUGUCAAAUCUGCCGGUGUCUCAGAAGCUGGCAACAAGCUAUCUGAGAGACUGACCGGAGAGGACCAGGUGAACAGGAGUGGCACAUCAUCUGACGUGGAUGCUGAUGCUGAUGAUAGUGAUGCAAGCAGCGUAACAAGUGAGAUUACUGAGAGUGAUGCCAUUAAGCUAGUAAAAGAGGCCAUCAAUGAUAUCCUUAAUGUGCCACAAGACGUCGAAGAUGAACUAAAUCCAAGCAAUAGAACAACUACUUCAGAAGGUCAAAGCAUAGAAGUAGAAGAAAAUCCAAAGAAAAGUCUAUCCAGGGGCUACAGCAAGCUGAGAAAAAUUAUCAUCUGCAACAAAUUCAUCAAGGCAAUGGAAAAGACCCGGAAUUUCUACCCACAAACUGGUCGAGCCUUAAAUUCUGGUUCAGAACCUAGAAACAGUCAUCUGAAGAAUUGUGCAGUGGGUGAGAGAAAAGGGAUGGAUGAGUGGAUGCUUGAUAACGUAUUGCAGAAAGUCAUCGCUGGGCUUGCUCCAGUACAACAAAAAAGAGUAUCCUUGUUGGUUAAAGCCUUUGAAAAAGUCAACCCAGAUCCAGAAGAGAGCGCAAAAAGACUCAGUUACACUAAAACAGAAUUUCCUGAUAGUAGUUCCUCAGAAGGGAAUACAAAGGAAAUGGAGAAAGCAGUACCAUCAGAUUCUUCACAGAACUCAGAACUUCCUGGUGGCGUUCACCUCAAGCUAGAUAGAUCACCAAAUUCCAGCCCAGAAGUAGUCACAGAAAGGGUUCUACAAGAAUCCUGCAAAGACAGAAGUCCUGGCUUGACUAGAGAAUACGCGUUGAAUGGACAAAGUUGUAGUAGUCGUGAUCCUUCUGACAUUAAUGCAGCAACAUCCAAUGCGAUCAGUAAUCUCUCAGAAACUAAUAAGGACCUAACAGAAAUUGAUGCUACAAAUGCACCAGGUGUUUCACCGGAGGAAAGGAAAAAUUCUAAGGAUGAAGCAGGUGCUCAGGUUGAGGAGAAAACUUUGCUUGAAGAACAAGAGGUUGAGAAUACAGAAUUAACAUCUAAAUUUGCAAAGAAGCCUCCACAACCUGAAGACUUGGAAGAUGAGUGGAAUUACAGCGCACAAAAUAGUAGAUCCUUAGAAAAGCCUACAGGGCUAUGGGGCCUAAUACUGCAGCAUGUCUCAGUUGAUAUGUUGGAGAAAAAUGAAGCCCCAAAAACAAUUGAAAUUGAUGCAAAUGUACAGGUGGGCAGCAGUAGCACUGAGGUUUCAGAUAGCAAAACAGAUGAUUCUUCUCAGCUUUCAUCUAGAGUCAAAAGUUGCAGAGAUAUGGGUGUUCAAACUCCAACCAGCUUUGAGUUUGAAGAAAAUGAAGCAAUUAAGUUGGUAGAGGAAGCAGUAGAAGAAAUCCUUCUUCUCCAGGACCAGAUUUGUGAUACGGAAUCAAUAACCAGUGGCACAACUUCAGAGAAAAGAGUCUACACUGAAAACAAUGGAGAAGUCAUUGAUCCCUCGCUUGCUGCCACAGAAAUUGCAGGUGUUGCAACAUCACUUCUUACUGAUGCAACUCUAGAAGAAAAGAAAACAUCAUCAGAAGAAAAUGUAACAACCAGCUAUAGCACACUUUCCAAAGUUGUUAUGUGUAGAAGAUUCGUCAAGGCAAUGAACAAAAUGCGGAAGCUUAAAGCACUGCAUGCUCAAGACCUUUCUCAGCCACCUCAAUCACAAGGAGAAGGUAAUCCUUUAUUGCGACAAAUUUCAACCAGGGACAAGGCAAGUUGGGAGGAAGGAAUGCUUGAUAACGCACUGCAGAAAGUUAUAGGAAACCUUGCUCCUGCAAAGAAGCAACGAGUAGCACUGCUUGUUCAAGCUUUUGAGACAGUUGGUUCACAGCCUGAACCAACAAACAGCUGGAGAGGUAAAGCAUCAGCCUUAUAAAAAAAUAAAUGUUUCGAUCCAGUGCUCUGAAAUGAACAUCCAAAAUGGAUAUGAUGCUCACAUUUUUUGAGAAGAUUUAUAUGAAUUAGGUCUCUAGAUUAAUAUAAGUAAGUUCUAUAGUACAUAAGUUUCAUUCAUAGGAAUCAGUAGACUUGUAUAGUUAAAUAAAUUGGGUUUUGUCCAUGACUGUUGGUUGGUGUUAUUGCAUUAUGUAAUUAUUCAGUUAUUGAUGUGUAUUUUGAGAGGAAAAUGUCAUAUACUUCAUGCAUGAGUAGCAAAA